AUGUCAAUAAAAAGUUUAAAACCACAAAUUGAAAUGGUACAAGAUAAAGAGAUAGGAAUGAAUCAGGCGGAUAAAGAAGAUAAUGAAAUUGUAGAAUCACUCAUUAAUUAUACUAUAGAUUUAAAUCAAAUUUUACGUAAAUAA